AUGGUACGAAGUAACUAUCCAAAUGGUGUAAAUUCAUGGCCCAAAGCAUCUGAUGGUGGGGAAUUGCCAAAUACUCGAGAGAUCAGUAUGAAAAUAUUUAUACCGAAACACAAAGUCGAACAUAAAUGGAACUUAAAUACUCAGCAAUGGGGACAAAUAGUGGCGCAUGAUUUGUCACUUACUGCUGGACCCGAUGUAACAAAAUUAGGAAGGCCUGUAUGUUGCGACGACAAUGGACGUAUAGCUGAGGACGCGAGCACCCACCCACUUUGUCAUCAUAUACCAAUACCACCUAGUGAUGACGUUCAUAUACCAGAAGGAAGAGAAUGUUUGAACUUUAUAAGAACAUCUUCUACUAAAGAUAUAAAUUGUACUGGCCUUCAUGAUCGCGCUGCUCCGUUAUCUGUGGUCACUUCUUACAUGGAUUUAUCUCUUACCUAUGGAAAUGACGAGAAACAUGCGAAAGCUAUCAGAGAAGGUAGCGGAGGUCGUCUGUGGACAACAGUACGUAAUGGCUAUGAGUGGCCGCCCCAGUCCGGCAACGUAAAGAAAGAUUGUAUAGGAGCACAUUCGACUGACGAACCAUGUUAUUUGCUAGGUGAUGGUAGAGGCAAUCAAAGUCCGCAGUUAACAACACUGCACAUCAUUCUCGUCAAUGAGCAUAACCGCAUCGCUGAUGCUCUAUCCAAGCUGAACCCGCAUUGGGACGACGAGAAAAUCUACCAAGAGGCGCGUAGAAUAGCAAUCGCCGAAACACAGCAUAUUAACUAUUACGAAUAUUUACCAAUACUUCUUGGUAAAAGGAACAUGGUUGCCAAAAAAUUAAUUUACCCUGACGUCAGAGCCACAAAAGGAUAUGUUAACGAUUACGAUCCUAAUGUCAGUGCAGCGAUAUACAAAGAAUAUGCAUCGGCAGCGUUUAGACAUUUUCAUACAAUGAUACGUGGUCAAUUGGAGUUAAUAACUGAGGAUCGUACACUAGCGCAAUCCGUACGCCUAAGUGACUGGUUCAACCGACCGGCGUUACUGGAGAAAGACAACGGCUUUGACGAUUUAAUUCGAGGCUUAUCGUAUCAAGAAGCUGAUAAAAGUGAUGAGUAUUGGGACCUUGAAGUUACACGAAAUCUUUUCAAAGGGAACCGUUCUAGUGGCAGUGAUUUACGUGCUAUGGACAUUCAGCGCGGCCGGGACCACGGACUGGGCACUUACAUGCAACUCAGAGCACACUGCAACUUGCCCUUAGUAGAUAGAUUCGAGGAAUUGAAACGAUAUAUGUCAAAAGAGAACGUAAAAAAAUUGAAAAAACUAUACGAAUCGGUUGAAGAUAUAGACCUAGUAGUUGGUGGAUCAUUAGAGAAUCAUCAGCCAGGUGCUCUAGUCGGACCGACCUUCCUCUGCAUUUUAUUGCAGCAAUUUCUAAACAUUCGGAUCGGUGAUCGAUACUUCUAUGAAAACGGGCAAGACCAAGAAAUCGCAUUCACUCUACCUCAAUUAAAUAGUAUUCGUUACGGCGCUUCUAUGGCAAGACUUCUUUGCGACAACGGACACAAAAUAACAUGGAUGCAACGAAGAGCAUUUGAAUUGGUAUCAGAUAAAAAUCCAUUACUACGGUGCGAUGAAUUGCAUGAAGUUAAUUUGAAAUUAUGGCAAGAAGACGCUAAGUCUAACGAUAAUUGA